AUAUGUAACCAAACAAAAUUGGCCAAAGUCUAUUUGGUUGCUAUGCUAAUGCCAAUAACUUCAACCAAAACUAUAUUCUAUAUAUACUUGUUUCAAAUUAAGGCAUUUCAAACAAACAUAGUAAAAUUAGUAUAUUUAAUAUGCGAUACGAAUCUUUUGUAGUGAAAGGAUAUUCCUUAUAAUUUCUAAGCUUUCUUUGCCUAAUUUUAUUUAGUUUACUGAUCUCAUCAUUUCUUCCACCAAUACAUAUACACUGCAAAAGAAUAUCCCCAAAUUUGAGUUUAUGCAUAAAUUUGAUGCUGACAAUUUGUAUAAAUUGGUAUCCACAUCUUUCAACUCGUUAUCUUUGGAUCAGAUUAUAUUCCCCAACCCAAAUUCUCUUUUCAAAAUUUCACCUUUUUCGUGUAAUUUUCUUCCACGUUUGAUUCCUUUGCAGCAUCCAUUACUACUCCGACAAUUUCCUCAAAUUAACCUGAAAAUCGACGCCGUCAAAAGAAGAUAUUCAAAGAAGAUAUGAAAUUUGGGAGGGAAUUCAGGAUUCACUUAGAGCAAACCCUACCGGAGUGGAGGGACAAAUUCUUGCGCUACAAGCUGUUGAAGAAGCUGCUGAAUAGUAUUGCGCCAGCCGCCGGUUAUCUGCCGCCGCGGCUUCCCUUGCCGGAGUUUCAAGUGUGGUUUGUGGCGAUUCUUACCAGGGAAAUUGAAAAGUUCAACGAUUUCUACGUCGGCAAGGAGGAGGAUCUUAUCAUCCGCUUCCAGGCCCUUAUGGAGACAAUUGAGCGAGUGCAGGAGAGAGAUCAUGUAAAUGAUGCAAUGUUUACCUUGGAUACUGGAUUUGAGUUUAUGACGGAGAUACACAAAGACUUGGUUGCGAUUCAUGGGGAAAUGGUUCUUCUGAAAAGCUACAGCUCCCUUAACUUCGCAGGCCUCAUUAAGAUAUUGAAGAAAUACGAUAAACGAACUGGGGCAAUGCUAAGCAUGCCUUUCACUCAGCUUGCUUUCCACCAGCCAUUCUUCACAAUCGAACCUCUAACGAGGUUAAUCCACGAGUGCGAGGCAAAGCUCGAGUUUCUGUUCCCUCUCGAAGCAGAGGUGGUAGAACCAUCCACUGCAGUUGCAGAGGACCACGACAACAGACCAAAUGCUUCCUUGGAUACGACGUUGCUGCUUGUGGAAGAAACUGUAGAUAUAUACCGGAGCACUCUUGCUGCAAUAAGCACUAUAGAAGGCCUGAGAAGGCCGAGCUCCACCUACAACCAUUUAUCCAUGUCGUAUCUCUUUGGGAGACAUGAUGAUGACAGCGGAGGCGAUGUAACUGCAGAAAACUCGCCCUGCAACUCCUUUGUCAAGGAAGAGGUUGAAAACGAAGAGGAAGAUGUCUGUUUCCCUCAAUGAAUUUUUUACUUUUUUGUUUUGGUUUACAGUCAAUCCUACUCUUGAAUUGACUGUGUUCGUAUCUGGCAAUUGAGUUCUUAGGAAUUAUGUGUGAAUAUAUAGUAAUGCAAUAAGCUUUUGACAGAAUGUAAGCAGUGAAAAAAAACUAAAGAUGGUUUUGUUUCA